AUGGGUUCCUCUAAGUUCAGAACCCCUUGUUCUUUCCUGAAUCUUCUUCUCUCUUGUUUGAAUUUCAUUCUCUUUAUCCUCUCUUCAGCCUCUCUUGCACCCACCAUCCUCCUCAGAAUGCCCCCAACUUCACUGGGCUGGGCGUUUCUCAUGAUCUCAUGCAUCUCACUCUUCUCCUCCUUUGUUGGUUUUUACUCUCAGCUCACACACUUCUGCUUCAUAACCCAUGUUUCACUUCUGCUCUCCUCUUCCAUAGGCCAACUGCUGGGCAUUUUGGCCUUGUUUACCAGAGAGAAUUCGAGCCUCUCCAUGCUGAAAUCGCCUCGGGACAUGAAGGAGGCUAAGCUUUUAGUGAGCUGUUGGGUAAGAGAGUAUGAGGGGUUGGAGGCCGAGAGAGAGGCAGCGGCGAGGAAGAGGAGUAGGAGGAUUGCGCGUGUGCAGGAGGAGUCCAUGGCAAAUGCAGCAAAAAUUGCAGAGGUAAAAGCCAAGGAGUUUGAUGAGAAGAUGAAAAACAAGUAUGGGCAGUGGGUGAAAACUGAUUUUGAAGGCUGAGGCUAUAGCGACUUAGAUUUGUUUGAGAGUGUGUUCUUCUUUUCUUUCUUUUUCAUUGUUUAUUGCCGUUUGUACUUCGUGGGGUCACUAUGGGGGUGGCCAUUGGCUGUGUAAUGUAGAGAAACAUAGUGUUUUUGGAGAGCAGAGUAAUCUUCCUUCCUUAAUCUGUUCUAUGUUAAAUAAGAUUUAACAAUUCUCUGUUUCUUCUCUUAUCCUGUAUUGGGUUUAUGGAUUUUAAUCUCCUUGUUCAUUGAG